CUCUUGCCUCCGACUCCCACAACCACCUCCCCCUUAGACCACCCCGACCCUACCCUAGACACCAUCACCACCAUCAUGAGCGACGAUUGGGAUGCCAAGCUCGUUAUCGGCCACAAGGCCCGCGCUCCUAAAGUAACCAGGACCACAUCUGAUCUGAACGAGGCGAGGCGCGCCGGCGCCGUUGUUGCGACCGACAAGAAAGUGACCGCGGGGGGCAACAAAGCCCACCAAGGCACCGACCACCAGCGCAUAGCGAAGCUCGACCGCGAAAACGAGGUCGCGCCGCCGCCCAAGAUCUCGCAGACCGUCGGCAGGGCGAUGCAGCAGGCGCGCAUGGACCUCAAGCUCUCGCAGAAGGACGUGGCGCAGAAGAUCAACGAAAAGCCGUCCAUACUGCAGGACUACGAGUCGGGCAAGGCCAUCCCGAACCCCCAGAUCCUCGGCAAGCUCGAGCGCGCGCUGGGGGUCAAGCUACGCGGCACGGACAUUGGGAAGAAGCUGGAGGCGCCGAAAAAGUCGUAGUUUGGCCCCUCCGUAGUCGCCCGCUCGCCGACGUCUGUCCUCGUGUCUGAUGCUUGCUCUCAGUGUGUGUGUGUGUGUGUGUGUGUGUGUCGUUGUUGUUGUUGUUACAGUCUCAUACGUUCAUUCCGCGUUACAUUCGCUGUACCAAUUUGAAAAGCUUUAUGUGU